CAUCUCAACCCACAAGCCAACAUUAGCUGACCUCCAUGAGCUCCAUUGCACAAGGGCAGCAUUGAAUUCAACCAGCACAGGCCAAGAGAACCAUUUCAAACAUGGCAUCAGAGGACGGUUUCAGCUACCUAAUACAAGGCCACAGUGAGAAACACAGACGGGCCCCGAAUUGGACAGACGGGGAAAUGAAGGCCCUCCUGUACGUGUGGGAGGAAUACCACAACGAAUUGAAAACAAGCAAGAGGAACGCAAAGGUUUACGAGAAGAUGUCCCAGAGGUUUUUCCAGCUGACUGGAGAGCAGCGUUUCAAAGAGGAGAUCAAGAUGAAAAUCACCAACAUGUCUUUUCAGUACAGGCGACUGAAAGCCACAUCCAUUGAAAGCGGGGAGACACCAGACUGGCCGUAUUUCAAACCCAUUGAGAAGAUCCUCUCCAAGCCGCUGGAGAAUGGGCGGGUGAACUGUUUGGACUACCAGGCCUCAGCUGCGGGUCCCUCCACUUCCUCUCAGUCUACAGACAACGUGGUGACCCUGACAGAUGACGGAGUGAUAGGAUUCCUGCCAGAGUACACGGGCUCCUCAGAUGAGAUGGAGAUUAAACAAGAGCUGGACUCACUGAGCUCUGACAGUGAGCACACACAAGGCUCCAGCUCUCACCCUUUAGGCAGGAAAAGACGCGGCAACAGACAACAGUCCAUGAAGAGAAAGAAACUCCGGGUAAUGCAGGCCAUGCUGCAGCAACAGAAGAGGUCGAGCCGGGCCAUAGAGGAGACAUGCAGGGAGGUCCGUCGAGCCAUGCACCAACAGAACCUCCUCCAGGUCCAGUGUCUGCAGCUGCAGGAGCGCAUGAUGAACCUGCUGGAGAAGAUGAUCCAGCCUCCGUCUACUACGUCAGCAUCGUGGGGCCAGGGUGGGGUCAAAGAUCCAGGGCAGCCAUAAAGCAUGAUUUUUAGGUUUGUCUUGGAGAGAUUAUUGUCUUGCCUCACCUAUAGCCUAUAGUUAUUAUAGAGUUUAGUUUAGUAUCCAACGUUUGGAAGGCGUUUUGCGUUGCAGAUGAAACGUUGGUCUUAUCGGUUCAGAAAUGCUAUACAGAGGUACAAAAAUACCCUGUUAGGAUUUCUCAAGGUGCCAUAAGCCUGAAUAUAUUAAAGGAGGAUGCCCCUGCUAAUAUCCCUUCAUGAUAUAUGCUGGUUGUUAAGCAUCUGUCAUUCUCCAAAGUGACAUUUCAUCUUCAGGAUAUUUGUUAUACUUCUCGUUUGUUUGAUUAUUUGUCAAGCGCCCUUUUUAAAAUCACUGUGGAACAACAGCCUUGCAAAAAUACACUUGUCACUUCACUGUGCUGGGAUAAUUACAUGUUGUGAAGGUUUGAUGCCAAAACUGGGCAAUUUGUAGCAUAAUGAACCAGGAGAUGAGGCAAUAAUCCCUUUUACUGUUAAAGGAGCUGAUAAACAUAAAAUUCAGCCUUCAAACGGUCCUUUUUGUGCUGAGUAGCAUUAUAUUUGACAAAAGGAGUGAUAAGGCAGGGUUGCUUCUGACCUUGAAUUUAUGUAGUUUACAUAAAGAUGUGAUAAAACUGAAAGUGAACUGUAAAAGACAGAGUCCCUGACCAUGGCUUCUCUGAAUUUAAGAAUGAAAGAGUGAAGCUCUAUUUCCUCCUUUCAACUGAUAUUCCUGUUCAAGGUGAGUCUCAUGUAGAUUCCAGAAAGAUAAAUCUGAACAACUGAGUCACAAAUUGAUUCCUCUUCAGAUUCAGCAACUCUACUGUGACUAUACAGUGAUACAUCUUGUGUGCCCUUGUUGUUUUAGGAUUAGGUAAUGCAAACUUCAAAACAGAAACAGAAUAAACACUUAUUUUUCCUCAAUAUGUAAAGACUUCCUGUUCUUUCCCUUUGCUGCAUUUCUGCUGAAUAAAAUAAUGCACAAGCUGCAGUCA